UCAGGGCAAAGAGGGAGCACACCAGAUAGAACGCCCACCCCACGCCAUUCUUCCAAGAACCUCUCUGUGGCUUGUUCUUCUGCUGGUGGCACUAGCGGCAACCAGGUUUUGGAAGCGGGCAGACAACAAUGCCAAGAGCGCGAGAUCAGGCGGUACUCUGCCUGUUGGCGGAAUGGUUCGACCCCCUCCCUCAGCUGAACAAGCAGUACCUACUGAGGUACUACUGCGACACCAACGAGGCCGAGAUGGUGGAGCUCAAGACAAAGAGGCUCUUCCUCAAGCGCAGCCCUUGCCCGUCACAUUUUUCCUCCAAGGACUUCGCCCUUGGCUCCAAGAUAAUCUUGUAUGGUCGAGACCUGACCAUCGCAGCCUUUGCGGAUAAGCCCACGGAGGACAUCCUCAUACCAGAGACGGAGAGUGCGGUUUUCCUCGUCGGACCCGAGGGCUUUCCAGCCGUUGGGAAGAUACUGGACGAGCUUGUCGCCUGCACUCAGGGUCUGCUGGCAAAGCUCAAGAUGGCCCGGUUGGAACCCGCCACCGCCCUAGAGGCGGCGAGGUGCGUCGGCCUACAGGGAACCGCCGCCCGAAAUGCCGCUGCUGGGCUCUGCCGAUCGCACAGCGGAGGUGUUGUGCUGGGCGUCGUUCGGGGCCACAACGCGCGCGACUUGGCCGCGAAGGCAUGCGCGACAUUCGCUGCGCAGUCCGACGGCGUGUGGUGCUGCGGAUCGGAGCAACAGGGCGCCAAUCUGGAGCGUCUCUUCGCACCUGGUGGGGCGGUUUCGAGAGGGAAAGGAGGGGGCGCCACGGCUACGUUCGACAGCUGCACCUGCUGCGUGAUCAAACCGCACGCGGUGAAGGCGGGCAACGUGGGCAAGAUCAUCGACAAGAUUCUGAAUCAGGGGUUCGAAAUUUCUGCGAUGGAGUCCUUCCGGCUGACCCGGACACAGGCGCAGGAGUUUUUCGAGGUCUACCAGGGAGUGAUCCCCAAGUACACCGAGGUGUUGGACGAAAUGACGACCGGAACCUGCGUGGCCUUAGAGAUUCGGGGGCAGCAGAAUGUGGUGGGCGCCUUCCGCGAGGCCGCCGGCCCGUGGGACGUGGAGAUGGCCAAGGAGCUGAGGCCGAACUCCAUCCGCGGGAUGUUCGGGGAGGGGGCGAAGGACUCGUCCGGUGGGGGAGCACGGACCGGGGUGCACUGCACCGACCUACCCGAGGACGGGCCUUCGGAAUGCCGCUACUUUUUCGAGCUGAUGCAGCAGGGUGGUGGUUGUGCUCCUUGAUUCAAUCGUCGAAGAAGUUUCGUGAAGUUCUUUUCUUGUGAAAUUCUUUUGCGGAAAGCAACCGAAAGCAAACUCUUGGUUUGUUGGGGCCAUAUAGUUAGUCCCCUCUUGGUUUGCUUCGCUGGAUAGCAACAGCAGCGAGUAACGCGAAGUCCACCUGACUGAGAGGUAGAGUUGGGUUUCCAUGAUUCCCUGCUCGCGCUCGUGGUUUGAAGAAGAGACGCCCGAAGUAACUGUCAUCAACUUCAAUACGAUCGCCGAACCGUGCUAAGGUCACGUGCGUCCUCCUUUUCUCCG